UGUAUAUUGCCCGCCUGGGCCUCGACUUGCAUUUGCACGUGGGGGCACUUCAUUGGAUACCUCAGGAGCCUGCUCAAAGAUUAAAGUAACUGGCAUUUCCCUGAACGUGGCUUGUCAAGUCCUAAAGUCCUGCAUGAAUUAAAUCCCACCUUGACGACAUCAUGACGGGUCAGCCCAUUCUUCCUCUUUCGGCAACUCCGGCGCAAUCAGCGAAACCUCCAACAACGGGGAAAAUUGAAGAUUUCAGGCCAGGCUAUCCGAGAUUUACAGCCCUUAUCGCAUCACAUAGCCCUUUUUUUAUCUUUAGACGCUUCAACAGACUCAGAGCACGGCUGCUGCUACUAAAACAAGACCAGCUAUCAAUUCUAGAGAGCGAACUCGACCAGAUAGAUCAACAGGAAAAGGCACCCAUUUUUCUCGGAAAGAGCCGCAUCGAUAGAAAUACUGAAAGGUUAUCAGUCUUAUCGAGGAUAGAGUCUGCACUGGUUGAUUAUGACAGCUUUAUAGAUAAAACCAAUCUAGCGCUCACUCUCAGCGAUGCAGAAUCAAGAGAUGUGCAAAGCCUUAGGAACUGGGUUGAUGGGAACGGGUGUCUGGCUGGGAAUGAGACAUCUUACCUCGAGCACGAUCGCGACCUUGUCUCGUUAGUCCCAACGCUUGAUAACGCAGUCAAGAGGUUUGAGAGUUGGAUAGAAGAGCGUCUUGUACAGUUUCUACCCAAAUUCCGAGAAAGCAACCGAUAUGUUUCAUCUGACCCAAACGUCCAUAUAUACAAUGGUCCGUUUGUCAGCCGUGUCGCCAAAGGACUAUUGAUAUGCUUGGUCACUUUGCUUCUACUACUGCCAAUUGUUGUUUGCAACGUCGUGUCGACAGCAGCGGUUCGUAUUUUUAUUGUCAUGUUGUCGACUAUCGUGUACCUUUUAGUAUUAUCCGGGUUGACACGGGCGAAAACGACUGAACUUGUAGUAGCUGGGACAACCUAUGCUACAGUUCUCAUUGUAUUUGUUUCGGGCACCAGUGAUAAAGUAACUUGAUAAAGGGGACACCCUCUAGUGCGAUCGAGGUUUAACCGGCGCGAAUGGAACCCAAUAGAGCUGACCUUUGCCUUAGACGGAGCCAAGCCAGUUGUGAAUUAAAGGUUAGGUCAGCUGGUGGUAGGCAAUUGAACGAAUCAUCCGUCCAUUUCGUUCAGAUGACUGGCGAUAGUCUCUAUCUAGCGUGAUCUCUAAACCUUAGCUUCUGGGUCCAUGUUGGCUGCCGCAACUUUGCAAGGCUCGCCCAGGCUCGAGACAACCUGGCCAUUAGCUGAAUAGCAAUACACAUCCCUAUAAACUCCUUCUAAAC